AUGUGUGGACUGUUCCACGGUUUAAAGAGUCCAUUUUCGAUUAGGCAAGACCAUUCAGAACAACUUCUAUACACCUACACUAACUGCAGGGACAAUCACACGUUGUGGAGUGACUUGCAUAAAAUAAAUUGCUCCAACGGCGGAAUUGCUCCGGGAAAAGGAGAUUAUCAUCCCACGGUUAACCUACGAAACGCAAGAGAGCGUGUUUUCGGUUGUGUAACGGGUACUUCCAUUAAACAAUGUGUCCAGCACCAGGAGCUGCGUUGGUUGGGACAUGUGUUGCGUAUGCCGAACCAUCGUUUGCCGAACAGAGUGCUGUUUUCCAUGCCCAACUAA